ACGCCCACGCGAGUGCCGGGGCGUCGGUGGGCGGUGGUGAGGUCCGUGUAGGUGUGUUGGGCGUUCGGGCGUGUGGGCGCACCAUGCUCUCAUGGACGUCAUAUGGUACCCGUCCCUCCGCUGCUCCACCCGACUGACACCAGAGGAAAAGUAUGCACGCUUCAAGGGGCUCACCAACAUCGUUAUGAAGAAGGGUUCGACAGGCCUGGGCAUUAUGAUCAUCGAGGGUAAACAUGCGGAAUAUGGCCAGGGUAUCUUCAUCUCAGAUUUACAGGAGGGAUCUGUAGCUGCAGAGGCUGGAUUGCUGGUAGGAGACAUAAUUCUUUGUGUAAACAAAGAAGAAAUGGUUGGAGUUGAUUACGAUCAGGCGACCAACAUUCUCAAGAAAACCGAGGGUGUUAUCAACAUGUGGGUAGCCAACCCAGCAAGAGCAGGUGGCGGCGAUCCAAAGAAGCCUGCUGCAGGCAAAAAGCCAGAUGUGCCACCCAAACCUGCCUUGGGGCCUAAACCUGCCCUGCCUGCCAAACCACCGUCGAUCUCUUCCUUGCCCCCCCCUGCGGCCACACCUGUGACAUCAUCGACGGAAAUUCAAAUGGCCCCUUCUUCCCCUCCUAUUCCACCUGGCCGUGCUGCUCCUGUGGAACGGUUGUCCUCGCAUGGCUUGGCCUCCAUUACCUCAACGACAUCCUCGAUAUCAACUGCAUCUUCUCCCUCUUCACUUGUUGCAACAGAUGAGCCGAAACAGAAAGGCGCAGCUGCUGCUGAAGGACCAAAAGAGAAAGCAACUGCACCAGAGGCACCAAAAGAGGACCCAGCAACAGCAGAAAUCCGGCCGGGCAGAGAAACCACCAUAGAAAUUGUGAAGGAGAAGAUGGGUCUUGGCCUGUCUAUUGUGGGUGGUUCUGAUACACUCCUGAGAGGUGCUAUCAUCAUCCAUGAAGUUUACCCUGACGGUGCAGCUGCUAAGGAUGGAAGAUUGAAACCAGGUGAUCAGAUUCUUAAUGUGAACAAUGAGAACUUCAGGGAUAUAACACACCAGAAAGCUCUAAGUGUUCUACGACAGACACCGUCAAAGGUAAAAAUGGUUGUUUACCGUGAAGAGGGAAGCCAGAAGGAAGAAGAUUUGUAUGAUAUUAUCACCGUCCAACUCACAAAGAAGUCUGGCAAGGGUCUUGGACUUUCUAUAGUUGGACGCAAGAACGGCCCUGGUGUCUUCAUCUCUGAUGUGGUUCCGGGUGGUGUAGCUGAGAGUGAUGGCCGCCUCAUGCAAGGUGACCAGAUCCUUGAAGUGAAUGAUAAAGACCUUCGCCAGGCUACCCAGGAGCAGGCAGCUGCUAUCCUCAAGUGUGCUCCAGGUUCUGUCAGUAUGAAAUUAGGAAGACUUAAGGCUGGCAAGAAAGCUAACUCCAAUAACAAUGCGAAUAACACAUGGCCAGUGACAAUAAGUGACAGCUCCCCUGAGGGUAGCACCAAAGUCCCGCCAGAACCCCCUGUCCCCAUCCCCCGCACACAUCUGCCUCCGCUCAUCCAGCCACACCACCUGCCACCCCAGACACCACCCCUGCAACAGCAACAGCAGCAAAUUCAGCCAAAGGAACCCCAGGAAACAUCAGGUAUCAGGACAAUCUUGCUGGAGCGACGUGAUGAUGGUCUUGGGUUCUCGAUCGUUGGAGGUUUCGGCUCCAAUUUAGGUGAUUUGCCUAUAUAUGUGAAGAGUGUCUUUGAACGUGGUGCCGCAGCUCGUGAAGGAUCCCUAAGGCGUGGAGAUCAGAUUCUUGAAGUGAAUGGAGAAUCACUAGCUGGACUGACCCAUGCAGAAGCAGUAUAUAUUCUGAAAGAAGCAAGGGGAACUGUAGCACUCACCAUUUUGCCAUCUAAGUAAUACCCAGAACUGUUACAUUUUUUAUUUUUCAAUUUUGGUGUUUAAUAGUUGUGAAUGAAGGGCAGUUCUGCAAGACGUAUAUUUGUGACAUAUUUGUUAAGAAAUCUUGGCUGCAAUGUUUGUAUAAGUUGUAUCAUCAUGAAAAUGAAAUUGUCCUUACUACAAAGGCUUCCUGUAAUUUUCUUUUUAAGCCAUGUGACUGUGUCAGAUGCUUGAUAUGAUCAGUUUUAAUUUGUAAAUGCUCACAGGGACUCUUAAUGACUUAUCAUAUAUACAGACAGAUUAUGAGUAAGGCAGAAAAGAAGUAAUCUUUGAUACUGCACCAAUGUGUGGCCUUUAGAAAUUUAAGAUAGUUUCAAAAUAGCCUUGUGCCCACAUAAAGAAUGGUAAUGUGAUUUUUUAUUUAUUUUUUUAAUCAUAUUUUUUCUUGUAAAUCCCUUGAUUGAAAUGGACAUGAUAAUGAAACUUAAAACCUUAAUAGACCCUUCCCUAGAAUUUGAAACAAAAAAAAAAAGGAAUCUGAACCGAGUAGACUUGAUAGAUGUUCUAGAGGUGGAUAAGUAAAGAUCUGCACCUGCAUUAAAUUUGCAAAGAUUUGUCUUUGAUGUAAAAGUGAAAGAGAAAAAAAAUGCUGUUAUAAUGUCUGAGGUAAAAAAUCUUGUUUAACCUAUGUGUAACAUUGAGAAAUGUAUACAGUUUAAGGUUGCACACUUAACUUUCAAUAAGUCUUAUCUCAAGCUGUGUUCAUAUCCUUGAUUGGGUGUGAUUAUUUAGAUUAUGUAUACAUCCAAUUUAUUCAGCCAAUUGUGAGUUUUACUGCAGUGUGUAUAUAUACAGUAUGAUCAUUUGCAGUUUUACAGUUCCAAUAAAUGUAAUAGUAUGCAUACUAUUAUUAAUUAGUUGGCUAGAUAUUUUCCCCAAGUCUAUUUGGCAUAUCAGAUUCCUAUUGGUAUUAUGUGCAGGCCUAAGCCAUUUGUUUUUGAUAGAGCACUAUCCAUAGAGUCUACCGUUCAUGUUGUUGAUUGCUUGAUUACAAAAAGCCUUGUUAAUCCAAACCAACAUGACUGCUUGUUGAAAACCUUUGAUUUUAUCUUAAUUUUUAGGUGGAUUGCUUAAAGUGAUUGUUUAAUAUUUGUUUUGUCAAUCUGUGGGUAUGAAUUAUUCUUAGGAGUUUCCAUGUUGGGAUUAAGAAGGUUUUAUAAUGCAUCUGUUAUUGUUAUGGAUUUUACCUCUUGAUUCUGAAACAAUAAUUUUCGUAGGGUUGUAUUAUUCAUUAUAGAAUUUAGAGGAGCAUUUCUAUGGUGUUGUUGGAUGAUGAUGAUGAUCAAAUGCUUCUCUUAGGUUAAGCAUAAUUAGGGCAUUAUUUUAUAAUUAAAACUUACUUUCCACCAUGAAUUCAGCACUGUGCAAUAUGGGACUUCAGCCUUAUUUGUUUAUUAAUAGUCCCAAAGGGUAUUGCAGUUCUGAAAUGUUCUAAAAACAGUGUUUGGAUAUUGCCGACAGAGACUUGUUGAAACUUUGUGUAUACUGCCAUACUGUAACUUCCCCUGAACAAAGGGAAGGUGAUAUAGCUAUCUUCCCCAUAACACCUGACCCCCAUGCAUCCCCAAAAGCCUCCAUAAUAGAUUAGCAGGCAUGUGUACCAUGGACGGUUACUGCUGAAAACCAGGGGCCAUCUAUCCCAGCAUAAUGUUUAGUCACGUUUUCAUGGUAAACUGACAAAAAAAGAUAUAUAUAUAUAUAUAUAAAUAUACAUAACAUGAAGCUAUGUUCUAAGUGGUUGAUCCAAAUAUCUAUACCAAACCAUGAAACAGACUAACAGCUCAUCCACAAAAUAAUAAUAAAAGAUGAAACAAAUAGAUAAAAAAGAAAUGUUUACCACAGAAACAGGUUGAGCUUACAUAGCACUGUGCAGUCUGUUCCCAGCUCAUGUUAACAUCUUUUUAUCAUCUAUGCAAUAAGGCAGUAAUAUGAAAUAAAGAUUUCUCAUUA